GUGGCUCAAUGUGGCUGGGGCGGUGGCUGAUUCCACGCGGUUCUCGGAAAAUUUGAAAACCGCCUCGAGGAACAUCGACGCUGCUCUUCUCACACGACACCCGCCCUUCGCCGCAACUGCUGCCUGCACCUUCACCACUUCCUCUGCAGUAUUCUGUAUGGAUAAGGAGCUUCUGCGUCGAUUUCCCUGCCCGCCAAAACCCAGAUAACAUCCAGAUUCCCUCUUCCUGCUCUCUGCUCCGCUCUCUGCUCCUCCUCCUCCGACCCUCCUGAUCUCCGCACCUCUGCGGUUGCCCGAUUCCCUGCAGCGUCGUCCACCACCUCACGACCUCUCUCUGGAAGACCGGUAACCACUCCGCUGCCUGCCCGCCCGCCCGCCUGCCUCAACUGCUCGCUCGCCCGCCAUGGUCUCGCCCAUCGCCAUCCACUCCUCCGACCAGGACCACAACCCGGCUCACCAGAUCGACAACUCCUACUCGGUCAACCACGAGGCCUCCGUCACUCUCGACUCCACCAACGCCUUCGAGGGGCCCGAAAAACUCCUCGAAGUCUGGUUCGCGCCCGACUCCUUCCGUCUUCCCGCCUCCAUGGUCCGCACCGGCCUCAAAUCAGUCGACCGCAGCCUCUGGGAAGACAUGCUCGAUCUCGUGCACUGCAAAGUGCUCUCCGUCAUCGGCACCGAAGAGGUCGACGCCUACCUACUCUCCGAGUCCGCCAUGUUUGUCUUCCCCCACAAACUCAUCCUCAAGACCUGCGGAACCACAACCUUGCUCAACGGCCUGCCCCGUCUUCUCGAGAUCGCCCGCGACGAGGCCGGAUACCCGCAGGGCCUCGAGCCUUGGCAUGUCUUUUACUCCCGCAAAAACUUCAUGUUCCCGGAUCGCCAGCUGCACCCUCAUCGCUCAUGGAAGGAGGAGGUCAAGAUCCUCGACGCCCACUUCAGCAACGGAUCCGCAUACAUGGUCGGCCGUAUGAACUCUGAUCACCACUGGUACCUCUACUCUGCGAAGCGCGAUGCUUCUCCGUCCGAUAUCAAGAUCGGGUCGUCCUUCGCUCCCGUGCCGCCCGCCGACGGACGAUUCGAGGACGAGACGCUCGAGAUCCUCAUGACCGGCCUCGACGAGAAGAAGGCCGCGCAGUUCUACAACGACCGUCUCGUGCCCGACACCGCCUCGGACUCUGGCUCGUCCAGCGUGGCCUCGGACGACCUCGAUCCCGGCCACGUCGCGGGCUCAGAAGUCACCGCAAAGUGCGGCCUCGGAAAACUCUACCCGUCUUCCCGCAUCGACUCGUUCUCGUUCUCGCCCUGCGGAUACUCGGCCAACGGCCUCACCGACAAAACCCACAACUACUUCACCGUCCACGUCACGCCCGAAUCAGGCUUCUCGUACGCCUCGUUCGAGUCCAACGUGCCCUCGUCGGUGUCCAAGAUGAACCCCUUGGACGUGGUCAACUACGUCAUCAACAUCUUUGGUCCCUCGCACUUCAGCGUGACCAUGUUCGAGACGCGUGGUACCAAGCACAGUUUUGCAGAGGCGAGCAUCAAGGGCGUGAAGCCGUCCGAGAUCCCGGGCUACACGCGGUCUGAUAGAAUAGUGUACGAGCUUGACGAGUACGAUUUGGUGUUUUUGGCGUUUGAGAAGAAUGCGCGUUGAGCUUGCUACUGUACCUCUGCUACUAUUAUUUGCUUUACAUCCUGUAUUCCAGUUUUCAAUAUCCUCCACACAAUAUAAGGGAGGUUGAAUUGUGCUUUUCCUUGCUUUGAUUUUAUCGGGAUUGUUUUUUGCUUCAUGCAUAUGGUUUUAUAAAAGAAUUGCCGUGUUUCUCUGUAAUGUACGCUCUCACUACACGACCAGGGCUGAGACGCAAAAAGGCGAUUAAUUGUGAAGAGUAGAUAAUAAUCGAAUACACAAAAGAAAUCUAUAUUCUACUA